UCCUCUCUUGUCUCUGCACCACACCAGUUGCAAGGCAGACACGCUCGCUAGAAGACAGGACAUUGACGAAGCGGACAGGACAGGGAAUCAGGGACGCAAGACCAAGCAUGCUCCGCAACACCGUGCGCCAGGCGGUGCGCAGCCGGGCCAUCCCGGCGCUGCCUCGUGCGACAGGGGCGGCGCCGGCCGUGCGUACGGCCACAGCACCGCUGCACACCACUGCUCGGGCACCGGCGCAGUACAAGCGCUUUGGCGAGCGUGCCGCUGGUGCCUCCUCGGCCACGGCGCUGUCGCAGCUCGCCAGCCGCUUUGGCGGACGCGGCAGCCCCAACGGCGGUGGCCGGCUGGGCGGCCGCGCGCCGCUGCUCAUCGUCGUCGUGGUCGGUGCCGGCGGCACGUACUAUGUGACGCAUCUGGAGCGCGUGCCAACCACGGGCCGUCUGCGCUUCAUCGACGUCUCGGCGGCGCAGGAGCGGCAGAUGGGAGACGAUGCGUACAAGCAGACGCUGCAGGAGUACCGCUCGCGCCUCGAGCCCAGCAACAGUGCACAGACUCGCCGGGUGCGCGCUGUCGCUGAGCGCCUCAUUCGAACGCUUGACGGCGAGGUCACGACGCGCGGCAUCGAGUGGGACGUGCACGUCGUCAAUGUGAACGAGAAGAACGCCUUUGUGCUGCCCAACGGCAAGAUCUUCGUCAUGUCUGGCAUUCUCGGCAUCUGCAAAGACGAUGACGGACUCGCCACUGUGCUCGGCCACGAGAUCAGCCACACGAUCGCACGGCACAGCGCCGAGAAGGCCAGUGGCUUCAAGGUGCUGAUGGCCUUCGCCCUGGUCGCCGAGCUGUGUGGUCUCGACAUUGGCAUCUCGCGCGCGGCGGCCACUCUGCUGCUCAGCCUGCCCAACUCGCGCAAGAUGGAGACAGAAGCCGACCACAUGGGCUUGGAGCUCAUGUCCAAGGCGUGCUUCGACCCGCGCGAGGCGCCACAUCUCUGGUCCCGCAUGCAGGCCUCAGAAGGCGGCAGCGGCCGCGGCGACGUGAUCAAGGGCCUCGUCAGCACGCACCCGGUCAACAGCGCGCGCAUCAAGAGCAUCGAGAAAUGGCUCCCCGAUGCGCUGCAGCACCGAGCAGUCGCAGGCUGUCCCGAGCCCUCGACCGUCAGCGGCUUCAGGUCGGCCAUCAGCGACGCCGGCGAGCGCUUCAUGUCCGAGCCUCGCUUCGCACAUCGGUGA